UUGCUGUUCGCUACGCUGUUGGCAAGCGUCAGCCACUAGAAUGUCGUGCCGCACUACCUGUUCCAUCCUCGACCAUAUCUUCUGGAGACAGACCAAACCUCGUGGCUCGCAACCGUGCAGUUCCAUGGAUACUUUCUCACGCUCUUCUCUGCCACCGCACUCGGGGCAUGAUGACACGCUGACAGCGACGGCUUGUCGCAUGGCCCUCAUCCUCGCGGCUGUCUAGCUCGGACGGGAGAACGCGUGACAAGCAUAGGGCCUGCCGUAAUACCCCGUGGCUCGUUGAACAAGAGCCAGGCGUCCGCAAGGGUCCAGUCAACGGGCCAUAAGAUCGCAGCCCUAUCAUACGAGAACGGAGCGAAACUCCGCUUAUCCCGAAUGUUCGAUGCUGCCUCGACGUGUGCAGCUUGCUGAUGCUAGCUUCGGAGACAUUCUGGAAAAUAACAGACCAGCAAAGACUGUUGGGAUGCAGGAAGACAUUUGCCCAUAGCUGUCUCGUCCCCUGACAACUAUGGUGCAGUUCACUUGGUCACC